AUGGGAAACCUCUGCGGCAAAGAAUCCCCCGACCCCUUUGCGCAACCCGGCCGAACCCUCGCCUCAGCUCCCCCUCCACCAGCGAACCCCACCGCCCCUCUACCAAAGAAAGUCAGUGGUCCUCGCACAUUGGGGUCGCCCGGGACAAACGUUGGAGGUGGUUCUCAGCAGCAGGAAGAUGCGAGAAGGAAAGCCGCGAAAGCUGCCGAGGUACGCGCGUAAAAUUGAGAUAUGGUAUCACCGGUUGGGUAAUAGAAUGCUAAUGAAUGGGUUCUCUAGGAGAGGGCGACUGCUGGAGGCAAACCGAAGGGGAAGUUAGCAAGCCAGCUAGAACAACAGAAAAAGCAGACCAGGAGUGAAACUCUGGAGGAAUCGAGUAGGGAUACAAGACGCAUGAGGGAUGCCGACGCAGCGGCAGACACACGAGCAUACAAUUAA